AGAAUCGUGGUGGCGCUCUAGAAGAGUGGAGCUGCUCCAGUAGAGAGGGUAUAAAUACAGAUUUCUCUUAUCGACAAUUUGUAUAUGUGUUAGUCCCUCUCGAGCAUCAUCAUGAAGUUUUUGAUCCUCACGAGUUUCCUAAUCGGAGCGUGUCUCGCUCAAGGCCCACCACAAAGACGCCCAGACCAAUACGAAGACGACCAGCAGUACCAACCGCGGCCGCAGCAUCAGCCACAGCCGCAGCAGCAACAGAAUCAAGACCAACGCCCAAGAGCACACGAUUCCACCACGUUUAUUCCCAUCAUAAGAUUUGACAAGGAACAGGGCGCUGAUGGAAGCUACAAAGCAGCAUGGGAAACCGGAAACAACAUUAUCGCCCAAGAAGAGGGUUACAUUAAGGAUUUGGGACCAGAUCCAGACUCCCAAGGCGAAAACCUAAACGCUCAAGUACAACAAGGAUCUUACACUUACACAUCUCCUGAAGGCCAAGUCAUUACAGUAAAUUACAUUGCUGAUGAAAAAGGAUUCCAUCCCUCGGGAGAUCAUUUACCCACCCCACCACCUGUUAGUCCAGAAGUACAAAAAGGCCUUGAUUUAAUUUAUGCUGGAAUUAAGGCCCAACAAGAAGCUGACGAAAGAGAAGCCCGUGACAGACCCCAAGGACCUAGGAACAAUGGGCCUCCACAGGAGUUUAAUGGACAGUUUCGACAGUAAUUUAUAGAAACAUUCUGUGAUUUAUUUUUUAUGUUCAAUAAGUAAUUUUAAAUAGACUGAAUAAUUCGCUCAUUUAA